UGCGCGUGCGACAGCGAUGACGACAUACGUGGUUACUUGGGCACGUGGAAAGACAAAUAAAACGUUCCCCGCCGAAGACAAAAAGGUGGAUGCCAGCACAGCUUUCUGGAUGGACCCUCUAGCCUCCGUCAGUUUAGAAUCCAAGUCUCUGGUGGAAAAAAAACUCCUAAGCAACAGUGUUUUCCCUCCAGGUAUACAUGCUAUCUCAACAGAUCAGGCCGGACCUGGCACAUCUCUCCCACCUGCUUAUGGAUUUUCCAAGAAUUCAUCACCAGAGCUGCAGAAAGCACUCGUUGUGCCUGCAGCUGGAGGCAUAGUCACAUCCAAUGACAAGGCUCUGGAUUUGGGCCUCAAUAGUAUCAAUAGCUUCCUGAAACUCCCUUGGAUCAGUCCUAACACUGAUGCAACCAUGUACCCCUUUCUCGACAUGGCGUAUAAGGCCUCAUUCCUGUCCCAGUCUUCCCCAUUCAUAUACCAGCAGUUAGCAUACCAGUCUCUGUGCUUAUCCGGUACAGAAAGCAGCUCACCUGAAGACAGACUCUUCUACGUACCCUCAUACAUUCCUGCAUGUGUUUCUUCCCAAUUGGAACCUCACUUCAGAAUGCAUGCGUCCACCCCAGCUGCUCUCACACAGCUGCACACAUUGCAGGGACCUCUGGUACAUCAAGAACCAUCUGCCUUCAGCACCUCUUUCCACCAGGAGCCCCUAUCAUCUGCUUUUCACUUUGAUGAGUGUCAUCUUAACAAAAGUAGUGCAAAGUCCUGGCUCUUCACUUCAACCAAGACUGGUCCUUCCAGCAGCAAUAGCUCUGCUUGUGAUCCAGUAAAUAAUUCAGUUCCAGCUUCUGUCUCAGUGUUGCUUCCAGUUCCGACAACAGUAGACGCUAAAAAGACUUCAAAGAGGAGCACCGCAUUGUCAGCUGAACUUUCUGGGAUUUCUCCCAUCAACACUGGCAGCCUUAGUUCUGAACUAGACUCCCUGAGACAAACCAGCGGCAGUCGACACAUUGACUCUAGCCCAGAACACAAAUAA